AUGUCCUACAGCAAUCUUGAAGACCUCGAUCCAGAAACUGCAAGACUAAUUAUUCAGCUUCAACUUGACGACUUACAAGAAAUCAAGGACCAGUCGAAAGGCAAAGCUCGCGAAGAAGAAUUAACUGACCCCGAUUUAUCGUUAGAGCUUUGUAGCGCCGAGCUCACUAGAUCGGCAGAUAUACUCAGAGACACCUCGAUAACAAGGAGUAUCGCAACUGCAAUUUACAGUGAUCAAGAAGCCCUACGCGAAUUUCUCAAAUCUGAGAGUCGAGCAUGCCAGGACCGCCAGUUAGCGUGCCAUCCGGACGAAAUGACUAUCCUCCCUAAAGAGCUUCCAGCUUUGAAAAUCCACCCUGGAAAGGCCUCCCCGCGAGUGACGUAUGAAUCCUCACCUCCACUACCUGCCAAAUAUCAAAAACAACCGUGGCCCGAAACACUUGGAUGCGGAAUAUGCUCCAGACACAUCCACGUCUUUGAAUCUCCGAAAAUUCCCAAUUCGAAGCGGACGAUAGGACCUGCUGCUUUUCCUCCUUUUGUUCCAGAGUUAUACCUUCUAAAAACAUUAAAGACAGGAUUGCUUCAUGUCCGUACUGCAAUACAGUCACCUGUACAAUUUGCAAAUCUGAUUCUCAUGAAGGAGACUGCCUAG